AUGUCUCAGAGCAAUAUCACCCUCGACCAGCUCAGCCACUACUUCCACCUCCCAGAGAAGCAGGUUGCACAGGAGCUCGGUAUCUGCCUCACCUCCCUCAAGAAAAUCUGCCGCGCUCGAGGCGUCAUGCGCUGGCCCUUCAGGAAGCUCCGCCGCCUC